AUGUGGCCGACUUUGCGCAAAGCUGGCGCGCUCCUGGCUCUGGUGGGGCUUUGCUUGGUCACGCUCGCCCGGUCCCUGCCCCUCACCGAUGCUGGACCACAUGUCAACUAUGGCUGGGGAGAGGCCAUAAGAUUGAGGCACCUCUACACCGCCGGCAGACACAGCUCGUUCAGCUACUUCUUGAGGAUCAACAGCGACGGCCGAGUGGACGGCGCCAGCGCCCAGAAUCUGCAUAGUAAGUAACCGGGCUCUCCAAAGCGCCGCGCAAUCUUCUUCGGUUCCUGAGCCAUGGGCUGGGGAGGGGGGGGCAGUUGACCCCGCUAAAUAAAUACUUACCUAAAUGUAGAAAGAUUUUGACACAUUUUUCUGACCACUUGGGGACAAAAGAAAAUAAUUUAAAACAAUUGCUAUUGAGAUAUUUCAUUCCGAAUCUGCUAGACGGAGCCGGACAGCGGAUGGUGACAGGUGGGCGUCCUGCCCCCCCCCCAAAUAAAUCCUGGCUAUGCCAAUGUGCGGGUCCUUGACGUGUAUGUGGGGGUGUAGGUGAGUGCAGUUGGGACAGGGAUCUAAAAAACCGACGGUCCUGCGAAGCUGCGCGCGCUAGAGAGGGAGAGAUUGUUUCCCGCAGAGCCAACUUUCCCGUCUCCACCUCACCGCGUACUAACGCUGCGUUUUGUUUCGCUGCGCAGGUUUGCUGGAGAUCCGAGCCGUGUCCGUUCGUACGGUGGCGAUCAAGGGCGUGGAAAGCUCUCGCUACCUCUGCAUGGAAGCGGAGGGGAGGCUGCGCGGGCUUGUAAGUUGCGGCGGGGGCCCCCUCGACCUAGGCAUGCCGAGAGCCCCGGGGGGGGGGAGGGUUUUGCAUGCAUGCGCCCCCACAACGGCUCCUGGCGAUUUGUAUCCAGUGCCGGGCCGGACAAAACAAUAGCAGCCUGGCCAAAUUUAUUUUACUCCCACACAACAAAGCAGUCUAAACACGUCGCGCCACGACCUUAAACGGGUUUAAAAUGAAGCCUAUUAUUAUUAUUAUUAUUAUUAUUAUUAACAACGCUCUGGGCUCUGUGAUUAGACAACAGAAAGAAUUUUUAAAAUCCAAUCACGAGGUAAUUUUGGAACUCCAGUCUUGCUAGUGGUAAGGUUCAGGCAAAGGGAAGAGUAAUAAAAUAACCAUUAAGGUAAUAACAAAUAACUUUGAACUGAACAAAAGAGGAAAUGGAGGAAUAGCUUCUUCUUUGCACUUAUGGUACUCUGUGUAUUUUUUCUCUCUAUGAAUAGUGGCAGAACCAGCAGCAUUCCAGAAUUUUGACUACUAAGAUUUACGAUUUGUUUAGAUUUCUUUUCUGAACUAUUUAAAGGGGCUCCAGGCUGGAUGGUUGAUCUUUAUCUCAUUCUGUCCUCACAGCAACCCUUAAGGUAGGUGCGGCUGAGAGAUAACGAUGUACCCAAGGCCACCCAGUAAGCCUGCCCGACUAAACAGGGAUUUGAGCAGGGCUUCCCAUGUCAAAAUACAACCAGCACAUCACACCCAUAACAUUACGGAAGGUGUUUAUACCCUGAGAUCUUUCUUACAUAACAUUUGUUCCAGCUCCAGUUUCUUACUCUUUUUAUCCUGUUUUUGAUUAGGAUCAUGCAUGUGAAGGUGUAACUUUUUGCACCAACACAUGACUCCCGAUGUUCAAAGCUAGGAAAGGCAUUAUUGAAUCUUGGUGUGAAAUAGCUUGGCAUGAUUUGGUCAAAGUUAAGGACUUAUAAAUUCCAGUGAAUUUUAUGGGACUUAAAUUUCUCCAAUUGGGCUGGGAUAUAUGCCAAAUAUUUAUUGCAUGGAAUUACUAAAUUAGCACAAAAUAUUCUUGCUCUUCAGGUCAUUCUGCAGAUAAUCUACCAAAGAGUGCUCCUUUUAAGAGCAAAUGCAUUCCUUCCCACCCCCAGCUCCCGAAAUCUAGGUGUGGUUUUGUAGAAAUCUAGCUAUUGGUGAAGGAAAUCGGCACCUUUUGUUGCUUUCUUAACUGACGUUGAGGGAAUCUGUGAUGGACUCAAAAGUUUGUCUAUAGUGUCUGCAGCUGUCUUCCCCCAGCCUGGUGACUUCCAGGCACUUUGGACUACAACUUCCACCUGCCCCAGCCAGCACAGCUAUUCCAAAACAUCUGGAGAGGCAUCAGGUUGGGGAAAAUCUGGUCUACAGAGUGGUAGCUGAUGCAAUGCCCACAGAGACUUGUUGGGCGGAAGGCAGGGAGACUGAUGGUAGGCAGAUGCAGAGCUAAUGCCAGGUAGAACUAAUUCUAGGUUUGUCCUCAUCCUCUUCCCUGCCAAGUCCUAAAAGGGCAACAUAGCGACUAAGGAGGAGAAGCCGAAAGCCAAGGUCGCCCUCUGGACCAGUUCAAAGUACAAAGGCAGGCAAAGGGGGGCUGGCUGAGAUGGGCGGGGGGCUGCCUGAUUUGCCUCCACCAGAUCUACAGGCUCUCUGCUACAUUUGUAACGGGGCAUUCUUAAGCUCUUCUACGCAACCCAUUUUCAUUCAGCUGAUACACAGCGGUUCCGUGUUUAGAUCAGGGCAUGAGCUAAGGACAGAAGUUGCAGUCCUGCCAUGGCCUUCAGUGGAGCACAGAGUGCACCCCAAAAGCUACACACGUCUAGCCCAAAGUAAGUCCCACUGAGUUCAAUGAGGCGUACAGGGAAAUGGGUGCAGGACUGAAUCCUGGAUUUCCAAAGAUCAAUUGUGGUACCUUUCGUUUUAAUGUCUCUAACAAUCCUGGGCAUGUUUUCUCAGAAGGAAAUCCCCAUGGGGCUUAUUCCCAGGUGUGUAUGUGCCCAGAAUAACAGAUUACCAGAGCAAUCCAACCCCCUCUUGCGCUGGGUGGCAGCGGCGUAAAUGUGCCUCCUCUGAGCUCUCCUGUCUAAGUCAGCCUUCUACCAGGCGUGUGGGCAGGAGUGCCACUGGGGGAGGGGAUUCCUUCAAGCAGGGCUGAGCCACCCCAUGAUUCAUUGAACCCUAAGCCAGUCUCACCGCUGUAGCAUGAUGGCAUUGGGCCACGUUGCUGCAUGAGCAACUUCAAGCUGGCACAGUGAUCUUCCUGUCCCAAAUGCUUCUGCCUCUGCUACUGUGUGCAGCAGGGCUGCGGAUAGGGUGACUGCUCAGUGCCGCCACCAGGAGAGGACAGGCUUGAAUUGCAGCCUAUAUCACUAAGGUCCACAGAGCUCUAAUCCCCAUUCGGUUUGAAAAGUCUACAUAACCGAAAGGUAAAGGUAAAGGGAACCCUGACCAUUAGGUCCAGUCGUGACCGAUUCUGGGGUUGCGCGCUCAUCUUGCUCUAUAGGCCGAGGGAGCCGGCGUUUGUCCACAGACAGCUUCCGGGUCAUGUGGCCAGCAUGACUAAGCCGCUUCUGGCGAACCAGAGCGGCACAUAGAAACGCCGUUUACCUUCCCGCCAGAGCGGUCCCUAUUUAUCUACUUGCACAUGACGUGCUUUCGAACUGCUAGGUUGGCAGGAGCAGGGACCGAGCAACGAGAGUUCACCCCGUCGCGGUGAUUCGAACCGCCGACCUUCCGAUCGGCAAGUCCUAGGCUCUGUGGUUUAACCCACAGCGCCACCCGAGUCCUCUACAUAACCUACUUGGAGGAUAAUGUAUUCUUUCCUACCCUUGUAUAUCUGAGAACUGAGAUGCUGCUGAAAGAUCACCCUAGAUAUCUAGCAUCAGGUCUCAAAGUCUGAUAUGUGUCAUUCUUAUUUAGUUAACUUCAUAAGGAGACUAAUUUAAGACUAUAUAGCACUCUGCUCUGUAGGAAACCAGAUUUGUUGUGAGGUGGAUUGCUGCGGUUUUAUUGAUGUUGAGUCAGUUUUAAGUAGGUCAAUCAGAGUAAUCUAACCAGGAUAGUGAGGGGUCUGGACAUCAAGUCCCAUGAGUAAGGCAUGAAAGUGCUGUGUAUGUUUAGCCUGGAGAAGAGACUAUUAAGGGGAGAUAUGAGAGCUCUCUUCAAAUAUCUGAAGUGGUGUCAGACAAUGGAGCAGACUUGUUUUCUGUUGCUCAAGAGGGAAGGAUUAAAAAUAAUGGGUGGAAAUUGCAAGGAAGCAGAUUUCUGCUACACGUUAGGAGAGACUUCCUAAUGGCCUGAGACGUUAAGACAGCAAAAACAGGCUGCCUCGGGGAGUGGUGGUCUCUUCUUCACUGGAGGGUAUUAAGCAGAGACGAAAGAGUCAUUGGUCAUGGGUGUUGCCAUUGCAUCCUGCAGUUACAGAUCCUGCACUGAGGAGGGCUGGAUUGGAUGACCCCAAGGUCCCUUUCCAGCCCAAUAAUCAUAUAACUGCUUACCAGCACAACAGCUCAAAUCACACUUAUAGAUGGUUGUGCCCUAUUGAAAUCAGUGCAUUGAAAUGUGAAUGCAUAUUGAACAGUGCAGCUAUUUUCACUUGAGCUUAGCUAAUCAACAAAUUGUAGAGUUGGAAGGGACCACAAGUGCUAUCUAGUCCAAUCAGGUUAGCAUGCUUUCAAAGUGCUGUUUAUGUGGUCUUCCAGCAGAUGAUGAUAUAGAAAUUUAACAGGGACCUUGGGAUACACUAGUAUCUCCAUCCCCAUUCAUAACUCUCUAACGUGCAUAUCUUACAUGCCCCAACAUUAUUUUUCAACAGUAAACAUAGAUAUAAACAAUGGGUUUUAAGUUUGGUCUCAUUCAAGCUUCUGUCUGUAAAUAGUGACAGAACCUGUUGUAAACUGCCUCUCGGUUAAGAAUUAACAUUACUUUUUAAACUACAGUGGUACCUCAGUUUUCAAAUGUAAUCCAUUCCGGAAGACCGUUUGAGUUCCAAAACAUCUGAAAACUGAGGUGCAAAGGACGGCCUGCAAAUUUAAUAGAGAGAAUUGAGAAAAAUACAGUGGUACCUCAGCGGAAGCCAUUCGACUUCUGAGGUGCAUUCGAAAACGGAAGCAUUUACUUCCAGGUUCAUGGCAUUCAAAAACCGAAUGUUCGUCAACGGAGACAUUCGAAAACUGAGGUACUACUGUAUAGUUUCUGUAUAGAUCUGUAUCAUUCACAUUACAAAAAGUAAGGCUACACUUGAAAAUAAGCCCCUCUGAACACUUUAGAAUUCAUUUCUGUGUAAACAUGCCUGAGGACUGCCUUGCAAGUCAUACUGUUAUUGCCAUACUGAAUUUUGUUCUGCAUUGUGACUGUGUGAAAAUUAAUGAAAUAACUCAACAGUUAAAGGCAGUUAAGUGACUUGCAUGGCAGCAGCCUCACAUCUCAAGAUGUUUCCCUAAUCUAGACAAAAACCAAAAACAUGUUUUUCCACAUGCCUGAUAGCCCAAUCCACAUCUGAAGUGCUGCACUUUAAGCCUAUUUAGUCAUUAAGAGAAUUCUGCUCUAACCUCUUCUACUUCUUAAUGAUGAUUGUCAGCAUAAUAUGUUACACGUGUAGGGGGGAAAGUAUGACAUAGGGACUUGGCAGGUAAAGAGUUUAUGCACGAACACCAUUUCUCUUAUCACCGAAGCCCCAGACGCAAUCAGCGAUACUUCUGAGUUGACAGAGAGUUCAGUCACCUCUAAUGACCGAACCAGAAUAGUACCAGAAAAACAGCAGUGACAAAGAGAACCUGGAACAGACUAAAAUCACCAUCCUAUUUUGUUUUUUGUUUGUUUUUGUUCUAUUAUGGGCUAGUCUUUCUGUGUUAGCUGGCACAUUUUUGGUUCCAAUACUCAGAAUAUAUGUUAACACUACAUGGCCAAUUCUUACUCUGUGACAUUAUAAAAUACAAAUCCUCAUUUUGUCAAAGUCAAAGGGAUUUUUUCAAUUAAGUUAGCUUACUAAACAUGGUUCAUGUCUAAUUUUUAAAUGCUGGCCACAUUGCACACUGUUUAAAAAUGCUUAUCAUUUAAAUUUUAUAUUUUAAAAUAUCAAUGGUUCUCUCACAUAAUCCUGGAAGGGGCACCCUGAAAAAUGUUGUCUGGAUAGUGCUGUGCUGAUGCAAUGGUGAUGGAGAUGAAAGUGCUCUGCUGUCGCCAUCAUCAUGGAGACGGUCUCAAAAUAGUGUUUAGUCUGUGUUUGGCGAACCCAUGUUAGAUCUUUCUCCAUUUGUGUUCUAGUUGUCAACUCUAUUGCUUCAUUGCCCUAGUAUAUAAGGAGGCAAAUCAGGUUCUAGUAAAUGGGAGAGGACACCUUCCACAGAAAUCUCCCUAGAGUCUAACACCACAAACUUGAGAGGGCAUAGUUGGGAUAGGUUGAAAACAACUUAGGUUGUCCAGUCAGGACUUGGCAAUGGCAGCCUGUUCAGCAACCUCAUCAGAAUCAAGACAUGUAUGGCAAUUGCUUUAACUAUGCAGCAAUCUGAACCUUUCCCCUGUUAUUUGCCUUUAGCUUCUGGUAGCCUGGGGUGUCUCAUGAACUCCAGUAAACUUUGGUUCAAGUGUACAUUGAGCUGCAAUGCUUUUGCUAUAUUUACAUAGUGAAAACAAGUCUUCUCAGCUAGGAACUGUGGGUUGCUGUGAUGGGCCACUGUGGCUUCAAAACAGUUCUUGCUUUACGACCAGUUAGCAGAGUAAGAGAAAUCAAAUUGAAUCUUACUGCAUAAAUCUAUAAAAGCAUAACCACACCUCUUCAUAACUCCACGGAGCACUUCCAUUCUCCAUGUUUGGGUUAUAAAUGACUCCUUGUAUCUUCCUGCACUAGUCUGUAUCAAAAUUAGCUCCAUGGAAGAAUGGUUCCCAAUUAAUAAUAAUAAUAAUAAUAAUUUAUUAUUUGUACCCCGCCCAUCUGGCUGGGUUUCCCCAGCCACUCUGGGCGCCUUCCAACAAAGAUUUAAAAUAUAUUAAAGUGUCACACAUUAAAAACUUCCCUGAACAGGGCUGCCUUCAGUUGUCUUCUAAAUGUUAGGUAGUUGUUUAUCUCUUUGACAUCUGAAGGGAGGGCGUUCCACAGGGCGGGCGCCACUACUGAGAAGGCCCUCUGUCUGGUUCCCUGUAACCUCAUUUCUCGCAAUGAGGGAACUGCCAGAAGGCCCUCGGCGCUGGACCUCAGUGUCCGGGCAGAACAAUGGAGGUGGAGACGCUCUCUCAGGUAUACUGGGCCGAGGUCAUUUAGGGCUUUAAAGGUUAACACCAACACUCUGAAUUGUGCUCGGAAACAUACUGGGAGCCAAUGUAGGUCUUUCAAAACCGAUGUUAUGUGGUCUCGGCGGCCGCCCCCAGUCACCAGUCUAGCUGCCGCAUUCUGGAUUAGUUGUAGUUUCCGAGUCACCUUCAAAGGUAGAGCACACUGAAUAGAUUAUUCCAUAAAACAGGUGAUUUGGCUAAACACUGUUGCAUCAUAUGCCAUUUAAGAGUGCAAAAAAUGUAUAAAGCCAAUGUGUAAUAUUUUUCACUUCCUCUCAGCUCAGUUAUUCUACAGAGGAUUGCUCCUUUGAAGAGGAGAUGCGCCCAGAUGGCUACAACAUCUACAAGUCCAAGAAAUAUGGAGUCUUGGUGUCCUUAAGUACUGCCAGGCAAAGGCAACAAAAUAAAGGGAAAGACUUUCCACUGUCUCAUUUCUUGCCAAUGAUCAACACUGUGCCAGUGGAGUCAACCGAUUUUGGAGAUUACGGCGACACCGGGCAGCAUUUGCAAUCCGGAGUUUUCAGUCCCCCUCUUGAGACUGACAGCAUGGAUCCCUUCGGCAUCACCUCAGAUGUAUCCGUGAAAAGCCUUAGUUUUGGGAAAUGA